AUGAGCUGUACAACUACUACGUACCUGUCUGGCAAUCCGCUCCCACUACCGCAAGAAAGGAAAACACGCAUCCAUCUCGAGACCGACAAGCAUCGCAUCGCGUCGCAUCGCAUCUCGGGCUCACUACCGGUCUCGACAGAGAUGUCUGGGUAUCCAGGAUCCGGAUAUCAUGGAGGAUAUGGAGCGCCGCCGCCGCCGCCCCAGCAGUAUCCCCCGCAGUACCCGCCUCAGCCAAACUACUACCCACCUCAACAGCAGAACUACGGACCUCCGCAGCCAGGGUACGGCUAUCAACAACCUCCCCCACCCCAACAACCACCAUACGGAUAUUCGCAGCCGCCCCCUCAGCAAUACGGUGGUUACAACAAUGUGCCGAAUAACCAGCCACAAUAUGGCAGACCUGGUAUGCCAUCGAUAAAUUCGAAUGCAUAUGUCCACGGUAACCAUGCGGCUCCUCCCCCACCACCUUCCUCUAUGCAAAGCUUCGGCAGCGGUGCGCCACAAGGCUAUUCUUUCCAAUACUCGAAUUGUACCGGAAGGAGAAAAGCUCUACUGAUCGGCAUAAACUAUUUUGGACAAAGAGGACAGUUGCGAGGGUGCAUCAACGACGUCAAGAACAUGUCAUCAUUUUUAUACGAGAAUUUCGGCUACAAACGGGAGGACAUGGUUAUCCUGACCGACGACCAACAAAACCCCAUGAGCCAGCCGACAAAACAGAAUAUCCUCCGGGCAAUGCAUUGGCUGGUAAAAGAUGCCCGCCCUAACGACUCCUUGUUUUUCCACUUCUCGGGUCACGGAGGUCAAACUAGAGAUCUGGAUGGUGACGAAGGAGAUGGCUACGACGAAGUCAUCUACCCAGUUGACUUUCGGCAAGUCGGCCAUAUUGUUGAUGACGAGAUGCACAGAAUAAUGGUGACUCCGUUACACCCUGGAGUCCGGUUGACUGCCAUCUUCGAUUCUUGCCAUUCCGGAACAGCUCUCGAUCUUCCCUAUGUCUACUCUACACAAGGUGUGCUCAAAGAGCCCAAUCUCGCAAAAGAAGCUGGGCAAGGUCUUCUUGGAGUUGUGUCUUCAUACAGUCAAGGUGAUCUUGGCGGCGUUGCUAAAAACCUGAUGGGCUUGUUUAAGAAGGCCACUACUGGUGACAACGCUUACAAUAAGACCAUGUCUACGAAGACAUCGCCAGCCGACGUUAUCAUGUGGUCAGGAAGCAAGGAUGAUCAGACAUCAGCCGAUGCCACAAUCGCCGCCAAAGCCACAGGCGCCAUGUCAUGGGCCUUCAUCACAGCCAUGAGGAAGAACCCGCAACAGAGCUACGUGCAGCUGCUCAAUAGCAUCCGCGACGAGCUAGCCACUAAAUAUUCGCAGAAGCCGCAGCUAAGCUGCAGCCACCCGCUAAGUACGUCGUCGAUGCUGCCUUUCCUCUCCUCUAUGGUCUAG